AUGAUUCCCCAUAUUUAUAAGCCAGAAGUCCAGAAAGUUGAGUUUUCAAUCGAGCAAUUCAUUCCGCGUGGAAGGAAACUACAAGAUGAGCAUGCCACUGAGGCUCCAGCUUUCACGAAAAAGCUUACACCUGCAGAGACGGAGAUGCUUGCCAAGUAUUACGAACCAGAUGAUGAAAAGCUGAGAGUGUCCUUGAUUGCUUUCCCUCACUUCCAGACAUUGCCAUCUAAAGUGCACAAAGUAAUGCAUUCACGUCAAACAGGCAUGCUAAUUGACGCGAUGCAGCAUUUGCAAGAGCCAACCUUUUCAGAGCAAAGUAAAAGUUUCUUCACUGAGUGUGGAGCUCCUUUGGAUGAAAGAGAGGAGUUUGACACAAGUCUGAGGGUUGCUGAUGAUCCGAAAGAUUUACCCUCUUUCGGUGAUUUGGAAGUCAACACAUCACAGAGAAAGGCAAAACAAGUUGUUGCAUCUCCCACAAGCACACUGGAGGCUACAGAGAAAGAUUUCGAAGAAUCUUUACCCACACACCAUUAUCUUUUCAAUUCAGAAUGUGCAUCGGUUGAUACUAUGGGGAAGGUUUUCGUCAUGCCGGUUCCUCUUUCAUUCUCUUAUAAUGUGCCAGUGUCAGACUAUAUGCCUUUGGCUGAAACAAAACAUAAACAUUCUUGCCCGAAUAGAUCCGACAUUAACUUUGUUCCGAUAGAGGCCAACGAGGAAUCUUGUCAAGAUGAUAUUUCGGGCAAGUUAAAGCAAGGAUUCUUGUCAGACUGUGCCAACGAGAUACUAGAGACUCAAAGCCUUUUGAAAAGGCACAACACUAAUGUGGAUGAGGGAGAUGUAGCCAGUUGUGCUGGAGAAAUUAUGAUAUUAUCAGAUGAAGAAGACUGUGAGGACUUGGAGCUUAGUCCAAGGCUCACUAACUUCAUCAAGAGUGGCGUUGUUCCAGAUUCACCUGUUUAUGACCAAGGAAUUGCAAAAGAAGCAAACAGAGAAGAAGACCUUGAUCUUCUUAAGCUUUCUUCACCCACGAAGUUCAGUAAUAUAAUGGCGGAAGAGCCUUGUAGCCCUGUGACAAAGGUUCAACAUAAACGCAGCGAUUAUCACACUACUUCUACGACCAAUGGAUUCAGAACUCCUCAGAAGGAGGAAGGUUUGGCCAGCGGAACAGAAUGCUUGGCUGUUUCUCCCAUUUCUCAGGAGUGGAGAACUCCCUUGGCGAAUGUCACGAACACAAACAGCAGCGCUAGCAAAGAUUGGCGGCUGAGUUCUGGAGAAAAGUCAGAAACUCUUCGACAGCCUCGCAAGUUGAAGAGACUACGUAGACUUGGAGAUUGCUCCAGUGCUGUCAAAGAGAACAACCCUGGUAUUGCGAAGGCAGACCGUAUCAGAUCUCGUUCUCGCAGUGAAAAGCACAUUAGAGGUAACAAGCAGAUGAGAGUUGAUACUGAUGCCAGGGUCUUCAUUGACGCAGAAGCUGAGGUCUCUUCGGAAGCAGAAAUGUCUGCUGAUGAGAACGAAGAUGUGACGGGCGAUUCAUUUGAAGAUAGUUUCAUAGAUGACGGUACAAUGCCUACAGCAAAUACUCAAGCCGAGUCUGGUAAAGUUGACAUGAUGGCUAUUUACAGACGCUCUCUACUCAGCCAGUCACCAUUUCCGGCGAACUUUCGUGACGUAACCUCAUCAAGCCCGAGCCCCUAUUCUGCUGGACCCUUGAAGAGUAUAAAUGAGAGCAGAAGCGAAUCAGAUAAAUCGUUGUCUUCUCUUCGAACACCAGAAACAACAAACUCUGCCUCAAACCAGGAUGCAAUGGUUACAGGAGACUUUUCGGUGGUACAAAUCUCAUCAGAGAGCAGGAAAAGGAAGUUCAGCUUCUGCAACUCGGGGGAUGUGCCUGUGAUUAACUUGGAAAACAAGUUUGAAGCUCAUGCACAAGCCACAGAGAAGGAAAGCAAUGCAGGUGCGUUACAGUAUAACGAUGUUGAUGAUGAAGAUGACGAUGCAUUCUUCGCGACACUAGACUUUGAUGCCAUGGAAGCGCAGGCAAAGUUGUUAUUGUCGAAACAGAGGUCGGAGGAAAAAAAGAAAGAAGACGCAACAACGGUUUUACCUCAUCAGGGCGUGCAGAGGAGUGAUGGUUUGGAAAAGGAUGCGCCAUCUUUUGAUCUUGGUUUGUGGUGA